AUGUUUACGAGUUCUUCACUCCCUUACUUCAUGGUUUUAAAAAUAUCAAAAGCAAAGGCAAUGGCUAUGGUUAUCUUGUUCCUAAUUUUAGGUUGUUUUGCUGAGGUUGAGUCUAUGUUGUCUCAUCCUGACAAGAUUACUAAGUUGCCUGGACAACCCACAUUGCAAUUUCAACAAUUUUCAGGUUAUGUUACCGUUGAUGACAGAAAACAAAAGGCCCUAUUUUACUAUUUUGUUGAGGCAGAAAAGGACCCUUCUUCAAAGCCUCUGGUCUUAUGGUUGAAUGGAGGACCUGGCUGCUCCUCUAUUGGUGUUGGGGCAUUUUCUGAAAAUGGACCUUUAAGACCAAAUGGACAAGUUCUUGAUCGAAAUGAGUAUAGCUGGAACAGAGAAGCAAAUAUGUUGUAUUUGGAUACACCAAUAGGAGUUGGGUUCUCUUAUUCAACUAAUACCUCAGAAUAUGGGACUGUGAAUGAUGAGAUCACCGCCAGGGAUAAUAUCUUUUUCUUGCGAAGGUGGUUCCUCAAAUUUCCCCAGUAUGCUCAUAGUCCCUUGUUUAUAACUGGGGAAAGUUACGCUGGUCACUAUGUACCUCAACUUGCCAAGCUAAUGAUCAAGUUCAAUAAAAAGAAAAAGGUGUUCAAUCUAAAAGGAAUAGCACUUGGCAAUCCACUUCUAGAUUUUGCCACUGAUUUAAAUUCAAGGGCAGAGUACUUCUGGUCUCAUGGGUUGAUAUCAGAUUCAACCUACAAUAUGUUCACUUCCAAGUGUAAUUAUUCUCAAUACGUUAGAGAAUACUACAGCGAUAAUGUUUCACCUGUUUGUUCAAUGGCCAUGAGCCAAGUGAACAGAGAAACUAGUAGAUUCGUAGACAAAUAUGAUGUUACUUUGGAUGUCUGCAUCCCGUCUGUGCUUUCCCAAUCCAAAUUUAUUGCUCCACAAAAAAAUGCUGAGAGGAUAGAUGUAUGUGUUGAAGACGAGAUUAUAAAUUAUUUGAACCGAAAAGAUGUACAGAAAGCUCUCCAUGCUAGGCUUGUUGGAGUCCGUAGAUGGGAUGUUUGCAGCAACAUUUUGGACUAUGAUAUGCCCAACUUAGAGAUUCCUACAAUCUCUAUAGUAGGAUCCCUAGUCAAGGAAGGAAUCCCAGUAUUAAUCUACAGUGGGGAUCAAGAUUCUGUUAUUCCGUUGACUGGAAGCCGCACCUUGGUUCAUGCACUGGCUAAAGAACUUGGACUGAACACAACUGUACCAUAUAGAGUUUGGUUCGAAGGCAAGCAGGUUGGUGGAUGGACUCAAGUUUAUGGUAAUAUUCUGUCAUUUGCCACCAUCAGAGGGGCUUCUCAUGAAGCUCCUUUCUCAAAGCCAGAGAGAUCACUUGUUUUAUUCAAGUCAUUUCUAGAAGGAAUACCUCUACCAGAUGCCACUUUUCUGCGCUGA